ACGCGAGAGUCGCGUCGCGUCGCGCCUCCCCUUCCGCCGUCUUUCGUUCGAUUCUGUUUCGCUUCGCCUCGGUGAGGUGGUGCGCGAGCGCGCGCGGAGGAGGGAGGGAGGGAGAGGGAGCCCUAGGGUGAAGAGGAGAGGAGGCGGUGGUGAUGAUGGCGAGCCGGGGAGGCGGGGUGGUGGCGGACCCGAGCAGCCCGAGCGCGGCGCGAUGGUGGGGCGAGGAGGACGCGGGGGCGGGGAAGGUGAAGCUGAUGUGCAGCUUCGGGGGCCGGAUCACGCCGAGGCCCGGGGACGGGGCGCUGCGGUACGUGGGCGGCCAGACGCGGCUCAUCUCCAUCCCGCGCGCCGCCUCCUUCGGGGAGCUCCUGCGGAAGGUGGAGGCGGCGGACGAGGCCGCCGCUGUCUCCGGCGGGGUGCUCGUCAAGUACCAGCUCCCCGGGGAGGACCUCGACUCGCUCAUCUCCGUGUCGAGCCCCGAGGACUACGACAACAUGAUGGAGGAGUACGAGAAGCUGGCCGCAGCCACACCCGACGGUUCCACUAAGCUCCGGGUGUUCCUGUUCCCGGCGUCCGGGAGCGAGUCCUCGGCGACCGGCUCCGGCUCACACCUCACCGCCGCCGUGAACGAGUCCGGGCAGCGGUACAUCGACGCCAUCAACUGCGUCUCCGCGGAGGCCGUCGUCGCGGCCAUGCGGCGUAAGGACAGCGUCGCCAGCGCCGGGUCAUCGGCGCAUAACCCCGAGGCCUCCGAGUACAGCGGCCUUGCGGAAGGUAUGUCGCCGCCGGCCGUGCCGCUGCCUGCUUCCGUUGCAACUGAAUUUUCCUAUUCAGGUGGAGCCCAUUACCAUAGUGCUUUCCCGGAGUCGGUGGGGUUCACUGCCGUCACGAUGUCGGCUCCGGCGGUGGGCCUCCCGGCGCAAAAUCCAAUCUUGGUUAGGGCAGAGCCACCAACGCGGCAGCCUCACCAAGUUGCUGCUUCUUAUGCGGCAUUGCAUCAGCCGCCUCAAGUUGCUUCUUAUACGCCGCCGCCGCAGCCUCAAGUUGCCACUUACGUGCCGCACCAGCAGCCUCAGGUUGCUUCUUAUGUGCAGCAGAUGCCUCAGUCGUAUAUAGAGCCGAAGCAAGUUCAAUACAUCAACGCUCAACAAUUUAGUGUGCAUGGUGUGCCGCAAUCUGCCAAUUUUGUGCCUAUGCAAGUGAGCCAGUUUGUGCCCAGCAUUCCAGUUACGAGUUCUAUGGCGACAGCUGCUGCUCAAGUCGGUACGUUGAGGCCUUUUUCUGCAGGUGCAGAACCUGUUCUGGAGAAUAUGCAUUUCACAAGGCCAGUGCAAGCUCCGGUCGAUCAGAACUACCGGGUGCUGCAGACGCCACUGUCACAGCUUCCUCCUUUGCCUUCUGUGCAUUUGCAGACAAGUGAUGCACGGAGAUACAGUGUUCAGCCAGUGGUGACAACCACAAUAAGCACGCCAGUGGUGAUGAGUUCAGGGACAAUUCCUGUGGUGGUUAGCUCGGCCACUGUUCCAUCAAUGAGGUAUGAUGAUUGCACAAUGUGCCAGAAAGCAUUGCCACACGCCCAUUCGGAUAACAUGAUCCAGGAGCAGGGAAAUCCUCGUGCAGUGAGCAACCCUGAGGCCGCUCCAAUAUUUUACAGCCUGCAUCAAGAUAGUGCAUCCAACAAAUCUAGUCCAGGGGCAAGCUCAGGAACUCCUGCUAAUUAUGUGGCAGAACCAAGAGCUGAGAACACAGCAGGGAAGGUGCAAUUUGAGCCAACACCUCCUGCCAGAAGACCUGUAGUCCAGGCAACUUCAUCGCCAGAUACAGGUGUGCUGGUUCAACCCACCAUGGUUGCUUUACCAGUUUCUGGUGCACCUGCUCCAAAUGGAGUAUUUGUGGGUCAUCCUCCACAGUCCCGGGCUGAAGACCCUGUCAGGUACCAGCAGCAACCGUACUCUUAUAGCAUGCAACAAUCACAAGUUCCAGUGAAUUGCCCACUAGGGAUUGAUGCCAGAGCAUAUAAGAAUCCAAAUCAUCCAGUAGUGGAGCCGCUUAGAGAAUAUGCUCGUGAUCUUCAUCAUGAUUAUGCUAGAGCUAUCGAUGCCCGAAUGCAAGCAGUUCAUUUGGGUCCUAUUGCCCCUCCAGAAUCUAGUGUGCAAGGAAAGCCUGAUAGUCCUCAUGGUGCCAUUGAUGCUGUGAAAGUUGAGAAGCCACCUGUGAAUGUUGAUGGUAAUUCUAUCUACAAAUCUCAAGCUGGAGGGUAUCAUAUGGGGAUUACAAAUGCCUUUACUGCUCCUGCUUUGAUCCAAGAGGACAACCUUGCGAGGCAUAAUGAACAACCACCACCUGCUUUUGAUGUUGGCGCACAAAAUGUUCAUCCUAACAUAAGCCAGCAUCCACUCAAUGUGCCUGUCCCGAAUAACCUCAGAGUGCCCAUUGAACCACCUGUUUCUAAUGAAAGAUUUCCUGUGAGACCACCUUAUUCUGGUGCUCAGGUUCCUACUGGGCCGCCUCCACAGCAUCCUAGGGAAAUGCUGAAACACAUGGUUUCUGCUCCCCCUAAUGGCAGUCGUAAAAUCCCAUUGCAGGGUACUGCUGGUAUUGAUCGUGUUGAAGCUGCACGUGAACCAGCUUACACAGAUUCACUUUUCUCAAACCAGGAUCCUUGGAAAGCAGUGGGAAAUGCUUCUUUAGUGCCUCCAAGACCGAACAAGUUAGCUAAGGAGCCUGCUGUUUCUGGAGAUCAAUACGUGGAUGGCCAUUUGCCUGAUAUCAACACAAAUGCUGCCAUACUCUUAGAAGAAGGCAAUCUUUCACACGUUCGGGACCCAAGUUUUAAGGAUAUCCACACAGUUAAAUUGAACAAAGGAUUUGGAGAAGAAAAUGUUAAGCGACAAUUACAAGUUGUUGCUGAAGGGGUGGCAGCGUCAGUUCUUCAGUCACCCUCUCCUGAAAAACCUGCUGCAUUCUCUGGGGAUCACGUAGAUUCACAAGGAGAAGUAGUUGAUGCAAAAGUUCAGGAUGAGGGGAACAAUCAGUUAGACAAAACAAGCCAAGGAGUUCAAGUUUUAGAUGACAUCGAUAACCUUCAGAUAAUAAAGAACAGUGAUCUUGAAGAAUUGCGUGAACUUGGUUCUGGGACCUUUGGUACUGUUUACCAUGGAAAAUGGAGAGGAUCUGAUGUCGCUAUAAAGAGAAUCAAUGACCGAUGCUUUGUUGGGAAGGCAUCUGAGCAAGAACGCAUGAGAACUGAUUUCUGGAAUGAAGCAGGCAAGCUAGCAUCUUUGCACCAUCCAAAUGUUGUAGCCUUUUAUGGUGUUGUUCUAGAUGGACCUGGUGGAUCUGUCGCAACGGUAACCGAGUACAUGGCUAAUGGUUCACUCCAACAAGCAUUGCAAAGACACGAAAACAGGAUAUUCGAUCGGCGUAGGCAUCUACUAAUUGCAAUGGAUGUUGCAUUUGGAAUGGAAUAUUUGCAUGGGAAAAAUAUUGUGCAUUUUGACUUGAAGAGUGACAAUCUGCUCGUCAACCUAAGAGAUCCUCAACGCCCUAUAUGCAAGGUUGGUGAUUUGGGCUUAUCCAAGGUUAAAUGCCAGACGCUGAUCUCCGGUGGAGUGCGAGGAACACUUCCUUGGAUGGCCCCUGAGCUGUUGAAUGGCAGCAGCAGCCUUGUUUCUGAGAAGGUCGAUGUUUUCUCAUUUGGAAUUGUGAUGUGGGAACUACUUACUGGUGAGGAGCCUUAUGCCGAGUUGCACUAUGGCACCAUUAUAGGUGGGAUCGUGAACAACACGCUGCGACCCCCCGUGCCUGAAUCCUGCGAUCCCCAGUGGAGGUCGUUGAUGGAGCAGUGCUGGUCGUCCGAACCGUCAGAACGGCCGAGCUUCACGGAGAUCGGCAAUAGCCUGCGUGCCAUGGCAGCGUCUCCUACCAAGGCGCAACAACAGAAAUAGAUGCCGUGGCUCUCGUCCUUGCGUUCAGUGGCCUGUCUUCUCUGCAACCUGGGAGGUAUCAUGGCUGGUUGGCUUUUGUACAUGAAUAAGGUAAGGAUAAGAGAACAUGACAUGCUUAUAGAGUCGGUGGAUGCUUGAUGCUUCUUUUCGUGCUUCCCACAUAGGCCAUGGCAAUGUAAGAGUGGACCGUGAACAUGUACAUAAGGUGUUAUAGCAGCAGCUGGUGAAUCUCAUGUACUCGUGCCAUCAUUGCACCCUCGUGCUCAUGGUUUAUAUCGAUUCUGGCCGUUUUGACA